AUCAAAAGGCAUAUAAACCAUUAAAGAACGCAUAUCCCCGUGCACAUUCCUGGCAUAUGCCUAAAGGGCACUUCGCGUUUUAAAAGAGGGGAAAGCGGUUCCCUUGGCAGCAUAGGGUUUCGAAGGGACGAUGUCCCCAAUGGCUGCCACCGAUCGCGAUGAAUGCCCCGGGAGCCCAUCCAAGGCGCGGCGAUUGCUCCAGAAGGCCUACAAUCUGGUGGACUACCACGCGCUCCCCGAUUAUCUCCGCGACAACGAGUACAUCCUCAAGCACUACAGGGUGAAUUGGCCGCUCAAGCAGACGAUCCUCAGCAUGUUCUCCAUCCACAACGAGACACUGAACUUCUGGACGCACUGCGUGGGAUUCCUCCUCUUCGUCUUCCUCACCAUCAACGUGAUCCUGACGGUGGAAAUCCCCACCCUGGUGGCCGAGCUCCUCCACGCACCGACCGCGCGCUGGCCGAUCUACACAUUCCUGGGCGGUGCCAUGUUUUGCCUCUUCUCCAGCAGCGUCGCCCACCUCCUGGGCUGCCACUCGGAGAGGGCCUCGUAUUUGCUCCUCCGCCUCGACUACGCAGGGAUCGCAUCGCUCAUCUCCACCUCCUUUUAUCCGCCGGUCUACUACUCGUUCAUGUGCUCGCCGCUGUGGAGAAACCUCUACCUGGCGGUGAUAACGCUCUUGGGCGUUCUCGCCAUACUGGUAUCGCUGCUGCCGGUGUUCCAGACGGCCGCCUACCGCCCCGUUAGGGCGGCGCUGUUUGUGGCCAUGGGCGUGUCGGGCGUGGCGCCGGUGGUCCACAAGAUUUUCCUCCAUGGCAACCAGCCGGUCAUAGUGUUGACCACCGUCUAUGAGCUUUUUAUGGGGCUGUUCUACGGCAUGGGCGCGCUCGUUUACGUGACUAGGGUUCCUGAGAGGUGGAAGCCCGGGAGGUUUGAUAUCGCCGGCCAUAGCCACCAGCUUUUCCACGUGUUGGUGGUGGCCGGGGCGUACACUCACUACCGUGCGGGAUUGCUCUAUCUCCAGUGGAGGCACUCCAAUGGAUGUGGCAUGGUGUGAUUGGUCCUAAUUCUUCUCUCAGCUUGAGAAGAUUUUAGGUUGAUGGAAAGUUUAGAACAACUAUGUUUUCUCAUGCUGAGAUGCUAGUUUUUAAAAACCAUGUCUUCUGAGCAUUGUAAGGGCAUUUUUGCUAGUAUCUAGCAACUUGGCUAGCUGCAAAAUGUAGAGAUGUUUUGAUUAUAUGGAGAACAUGAGCAUUCUAAAA